GCAGAAGCGUCUGUUAGAGACCGUCUGUCCGGAGAGAGAGGAAAGACGCACAACGUCCCCACCGAAGCCAGCAAGUUGGGGCUUGAGGCGAGCAGAAAGACAGCCUCAACUUUCUCCACUUUGAUUGUCCACAAAAAAAAAAUGGCCUCGACUCGGCCGCGUUUGGCCACCCGGUCCGCUUUCCUCCUGAUCUGCGUCACUUUGUUGGGUAACCUGAGCGGCGUUGUUAACGCCAAGUCAUACCGGAGACCCAACAUCGUCCUGAUCUUGGCGGACGACCUGGACGUCGCUCUCGGGGGCUUGAGUCCACUGAAUAAGACGAAAAAACUCAUCGCUGAUGCGGGGAUAUCAUUCACAAAUGCAUUUGUUGCCAGCCCACUGUGCUGCCCCAGUCGAGCUAGCAUCCUAACAGGGAAGUAUCCUCAUAACCACCAUGUCAUUAACAACACGCUGGAGGGGAACUGCAGCAGUCAGGCCUGGCAAAAGAGCCAGGAGUCCCAGACCUUUCCUGCCUUGUUGCAGACUAUGGCAGGAUACCAGACCUUUUUUGCUGGGAAAUAUCUCAAUGAGUAUGGGAACUCGAAGGCUGGGGGAAUAGAGCAUGUCCCUGUGGGCUGGGACUACUGGGUUGGACUGGAAAAGAAUUCUAAAUAUUACAAUUACACCCUGUCGGUGAAUGGAAAAGCUCAGAAACAUGGAGCAAAUUACAGCAAAGACUAUCUCACAGACGUACUGGCCAACAUGUCUUUAGACUUCCUACAUUACAAGUCCAACUACCGACCAUUCUUCAUGAUGGUGUCAACCCCCGCCCCCCACUCCCCCUGGACCGCAGCCCCCCAGUACCAGGACAGGUUCAAUAACAUGCGGGCACCCCGUGACCCCAACUUCAACAUCCAUGGAAAGGAUAAACACUGGUUGAUUCGACAGGCGAAAACUCCCAUGAGCAACUCCUCCAUCCAGUUCCUGGACGACGCCUUCAGGAAACGCUGGCGCACUCUGCUUUCAGUAGACGACCUGGUGGAGAGUGUAGUGAAGACGUUAGAGGUCAGAGGUGAACUGGACAACACGUAUGUUUUCUUCACCUCGGAUAAUGGAUACCAUACAGGCCAGUUCUCGCUUCCUCUGGACAAGAGACAGCUUUAUGAAUUUGACAUCAGAGUUCCGCUAAUGGUCAGAGGACCUAACAUCAAGCCCAAUCAGACCAGCCAGAUGCUGGUGGCCAAUGUGGACUUGGGUCCCACCAUCCUGGAUAUAGCUGGCUAUGACUUCAACAAGACCCAGAUGGACGGCAUGUCAUUCCUGGGUGUUAUGGAGGGGAAGGUGAACAGCAGCAGCUGGAGAACAGACAUCUUGGUGGAAUAUGAAGGAGAGGGACGCAAUGUGUCCGACCCCUCCUGUCCGCUGCUGGGACCCGGAGUUACGGAGUGUUUCCCAGACUGUGUGUGUGAGGACUCUUUCAACAACACCUAUGCUUGUGUGCGCACCGUCGGCCCCUCUGCAAACCUCCAGUACUGCGAGUUUGACGACAAUGAGGUGUUUGUGGAAGUGUAUAAUGUGACGGCAGACCCCUACCAGCUGACCAACAUCGCCAAGACCAUCGACCAAGAAGUGUUGGAGAAGAUGAACCACAGGCUGAUGAUGCUGCAGUCCUGCUCUGGACAGACUUGCAGGACCCGUGGCGUCUAUGACACAAGGUACAAGUUUGAUCCGCAGCAGAUGUUCACCAACCACGGCUCGCGUCUCAGCAGACUCCGACAGGUUCUAAAGUAAAAGCCAGAUCGACUUGAUGGCCAUUAGGAUACAUAAAGUGGAGGAGAUGGAGGAAGAAGGGCAAUACAUUUUUUUUCCCCCCAGCCUUUCUUACUGUUGCCUUGUAUCUAGGUCUCCCUCUUACCAGUCUCAUUGAGGGUUUUUAUGGAGUGUGGAUAAAGAGAGCCAUGUACUGUCAGGGGUCGACUUGUUAUUCAACACGGGAGGCCUUUCUAGGGCGCAGUACCUGCCCUUUACCUUCUAAUGUGGUUAGAAGUUAAGAAUGGAAGUUAAUUGGGGUAUUUCAAGAAGUCAAGACAACUCAGGAUGGCUUAUCCCAAGGAGGCCAAAGGACCAAAUCCUAAUUUCUUAUCAGAUAUUAACCAGUGCUGUCCAAAUAAAGAUCGGUUUGCAGCAGGGAUUAGAUUUGUGUCCUGGACAGCGGUGUAUUGAAAUGGCAAACAUGUUCGGUCGACUGGGUCAGCCAUAUUUUGUAGAACGAAAAUUUCAUGAGGAAGUAAAUUAAGAAAUGGUUUUGAGAUGAAUUGGUUGUUGUUUUUCAGUGUGAAAUCAUUUACUAGAGGAUGCAAAAUUGUUGAAGGUACCACUAUUUUAUUUGUCAUGUUCUCUGUUAUCCAGCUUACUUGCUGAUCUUGCAUCUUGAAAUACCCCCCCCCCCCACCAGAAUUCCUAUUUGCCUUUCAGGUUUUCUUGUGAGAUUUGGCCGGUUGUCCACGAUCAGAGUGCCUACAGUAUUCCUUGAACAGGUGUUCUAGUUUUGUGUGAGACCUAGGUCACUUCAAAUAUUUACUCUCACUUUUUGUAAUGAUUGUUAAUGUGGUUCAGCUUGCCAGGCAAAACACAACUUCCUGUACCGCAUUCAAAAGUGUGAAUUCCUCCCCCAGGAGAGGUCCUUCACAAACUGUGUGCUAUCCAUAACCAAUAUUCUUGCAUACAUAAAACACAUUACUUUGAUAAGUUUGUACUUAGGUCUUUGGGAUGUUUUGCGAGACUGUGUUUCUGAUUAGGCUAGUAAUAUCCGAUUAUAUAAAACGGGCUCAAAUUAACGAAGACUUGCAAAAUCUAAAAGAGAAAUCACUUGGAUCUAUUUUUUUAGAUAUUCCUAGAAAUGGCUCACAUCUUCCCUGGUGUUUGAAUUUGCUAUUUUAAAGUGAUUUUAUAAUUGGUCUAAUGUAUGGGGACAAUUUACGCGACCCGCACACACUCGGAUGUGUUUUGAGGGACACUGGAUCGUGACAUUCCAAUAGAUCAUAUCAUCUCACUGAUCAUUUCUCAACUUUGACCUUUUUUUCCCUGAAUGAUUUCAACCAAUGGACACGUCAUCACAGGAACCAAAUCCUAACCCGUUGUUCGUCUUUCUGUGACGACUUGGUCCGGAGGAUGGCUCUGUCCAGUGUUUAGUUCUUUACAGAUUGAGGGAUUUUAUAUUUUGCCAAAAAAAGAACUGAUUUCCCAUUUGCUCUGCUAAUUGUUCAUGUUAAUUGAAAUUAACAGAUGAUUGUGUUUUCACGGUUUAUAGUUUUGAGUGCGAGUAGUUUAAGGUGAGGAAAUAUACUGUAACGUGCUUGGGUAAGAAGACACGCUGGCCGCUGGUUGGCGGGUCUGACCCUUUAGUCUAGUGGUUAGCGAUGUCUCCUGCGGUGCGGGCGAUACGGGUUCGCUUCCCAGCCGCGGCAGUUCCUGUGGUUGCGUUGUCCCCCGACUUCGCUACAAUACGAAACACCAUUUCUUACUAAAAGAAAAUCCCCCCGUUUUGAAAGCAAACGGGAUUCCUAGCCGUGCACUUCCUCCGUAGAACGGAAGACGUCAAGAUGACGUCACAUGCCGAGUUGGAUAGGUCCGUCACCUGAGGUGCUUAUAUAAGGACGAGGAGGGAAAGAGGAGCUUGGGUUUACUGAGACGUAGAAAAAGGGAUUUUUUCUUUUCUUUUUGGAGUCCUUAACAGCUGACUAGUCUUACACGUACCCAGAAAAUAGCCCAUCUUGAAACGUUGAACAGCGUCACCGAGAACUCGGGUCUUUCAGCCAAAGACUGUAAGAAAGCUGGUUGGGGAAACUUGCCGCUAAGCUUUCGUUCAUUAGCUGAUGUAAACUACUAAUAAGACACGUUAGUCCCUAGCUAACGGGUCUGACCCUUUAGCCGAGCGGUUAGUGAUGUCGCUUUGUGGUGCAAUACACCUCGUAUCUAAUCCCGCACCGGGCAAGAAAAUAAACCGGUUACAUUGGUGGCAGCGGUGGGAUCCGGAAGUGUGCAGAUCCUCAGAAGUAUCUUCGGAGCGCGGGAAUAACAAAGGGCGAGGGCGCGCUUCCGGGGAGGGUGACGACUGUAAACUACUAAUAAUACACGUUAGUCCCUGGCCAAUGGGCCUGACCCUUUAGCCGAGCGGUUAGUGAUGUCCCCUUGUGGUGCAGUACACUUCAUCUCGAAUCCCGCACCGGGCAAGAAAAUAACCGGUUACACUGAUAUUCAGACGGUGAUGUCCGCUUUUGUCCACAUACACCCUCUCACCUUGAUUUCACAGGACUCGUUAUAUGUUUUUAUAUCCGUUUCCACGACGAACACUUAGUUUCUACGCACAAGGGCAUACAAGUAUUUACAAAACUAGCAAGCAGCCACACAGUUUACUGGUUCAUUACAAGCAAGAUGGCGUCGACUUGACCUGUUGCACUGCCCCCCCCCCCCCUAUUUGUUAUUAUCCAGUGUCGGGGAGAAAAUGGUACACCUGUACCAGAAGUCCACUUCCUGGAUUUAGGUCCCAUAUAUCACACGGUUCUGAAAAUAGACGAGUCUCUCCUGGACGCGUCCGUGCGGAUCCCAUACCGAUGUUAGAAUCUUCAGGACCGUUUCUCCUCCGGAACCGUCGGCCACACUUUGUCAGACGUCUUGUCGGUUCACUGAUGCACUUUCCAGUUAUGUCCAAACUGUGUUUUUCGGACUAGUUCCAUUUAUUUUUCAAAGAGUAGUCUAUUUUUUCUGGCUUGUUUUUUUUGUGUGUUUUGUGUGUGUGUGUGUGUGUGUGUGUGUGUGUGUGUGUGUGUGUGUGUGUGUAAAUGU